CCUGAGGCACAAGUAAGUUCAUUACCGAACUAGGAAAGGUGGGGGCCUGAGGAUCAUCGGCCGAACGGCGUUCUAGCGUAUCGCUCUCUCCUUCAUCGUCCUUGUACAUCAUCCUCUUCCACACUUGUAUUGGCCGUUGUGAUCUAUGGCUAUUGCGAUCUCGCGGCCUCGGACACUUGCAUCUUUGCCACGGCUCUCGCACACUCCACGCAACAUGGCAUCAAUCAUACAAAGCCCCCCUCCACGGCCCCGCAAAUUCGCGCCGUUGAAAGAGGACUCACAUGCAAACUCCGGUGUUGAGAAACAACUGCAAGGUAUCGUCUUUGACGUUGAUGGCACGCUUUGCUUACCACAGAACUAUAUGUUUGCUCAAAUGCGCGCCGCGCUGGGAAUUGACCGCUCGGUCGAUAUUCUCGAGCAUAUUCGCGGUCUCCCCACUGAACAAGCACGUACCGAGGCGGCCUCCAAAAUCCAGGCUGUGGAGCGCGAAGCGAUGCUCGCCCAGCAGCCUCAACCUGGUCUUGCACAGUUGAUGGACUAUCUUGAAAGAAAGAAUGUGCGUCGGGCGCUAUGCACGAGGAACUUUGAAGCGCCUGUGACACAUCUCUUGCAGAACCACCUGCCCAAGCACAUCUUUGAACCAAUUAUUACUCGUGACACGCCUGAUCUCCUGCCCAAGCCAGAGCCUGCAGGUAUUCUGCAUAUUGGACGUCAAUGGGGACUGGGCAACCGGGCAGAGAGCAUGAUUAUGGUUGGUGAUAGUAUUGAUGAUAUGACCGCGGGUCAUACAGCCGGUGCAGCCACAGUGCUACUUGUGAACGAGCAUAAUGCACAUCUCAAGGACCACCAACACACAGAUCUGACUAUUUCAAGACUAGAUGAUCUUAUCGGCAUUCUAGAGAAUGGGUUUGUGGGGGAUAAUUCUGGUGAUUACGACAGCGCGUUGUAAAAAUAGAUUUAGAAUUUUCUGAUUGUCUUUUUGAGGCUUCGAAACACCUCCACGUCUCAACUCGCCGUUACAUAUACAAUCAUGAUAGUCUCGCAUACAUUUACAUACAGUUUUACAAU